GGUGAAAGGCGCAUAAUGGUUAUUUCCUGUUGGGUGAAUGGAUGUACAAAUCGACGGGAUGGAUCAGUGCAGCGAGGAUUUUUCAGUAUUCCUAAAAUUAGACACAACGAAGUAGAACAGACAAGGAAAAUCAGCGAGGAGAGACGACGCUUGUGGUUGGCAAGCAUCAACAGGAAAGAGGAGCCAUCUCAACAUUCCAAAAUAUGUUCUGAUCACUUUGUAACAGGCAAUCCAGCAGCUUUGUACGACAGGGCUAACCCAGACUGGGCACCAACCCUGAAGCUUUCAGCCAAAUUGACACCAAAGAAGUCGGAGAAAAAGAAACAACAAUCAACCUACUCAGUUAAUAGAUACAACAGAGUUAUGGAAAGGCAGAAAAGCAAAGAGAAGAUAACUGCAGCCAAGGCCUUGAUAGAUCUCUUUCAUGAACCAGGACCAUCGGUUGAUGUAGAGGACAGAGACCUUCCCGAUGUUGAACCAAGGCCGGUGUGUGAGUUUGCACUGAAGGGCGCACUGGAGACUUCAAGUGAGACAACAGAUGUAUGUGUGGACCCAUUGAGAAACAGUCAGGUGGACAGUGAAAUUCAAAGGCUACUGACUGAAAACAUGGCUCUAAGAGAUCAAGUGAAGGACAACAUGUAUAGUGAAGAUGGUUUCGUAGGUGAGAAUGACAAAGUUAAAUAUUAUACUGGACUCCCAGGUUUUACCACUCUAAUGGCGCUAUUUCAUUUUGUGAAGGAUUUUAUUCCCAAACCUAGGAGCAAUGCGGAACUUGGACAAUUCACAAGAUUGGUAAUGACUCUAAUGCGAGUAAAGCUGAACUUACCCAUUCAAGAUUUAGCAUACAGGUUCAAAACUUCACCAUCAACUGUUUCAAGAACUUUUUUAACAGUGAUACAUGUGUUGUAUGUGAGACUGAAACAUAUGCUCUACUGGCCAGAGAGGGAAGAACUCAGAAAAACCAUGCCUGUGGAAUUCCAAAAACAUUUUGGUCAAAAGACUGCUGUUAUUAUAGAUUGUUUUGAGGUUUUCAUUCAACGGCCAAAGAAUCUAAUGGCAAGAGCACAGACCUGGUCCUCCUACAAACAUAACAACACUGUCAAAUUUCUGAUUGGUAUAACACCACAAGGAUCAAUUUCUUUCCUCUCAAAAGCUUGGGGUGGAAGAGCAAGUGAUAAAUAUAUAACUGAAAACUUCGUACGGGUCAACGCCUAUGCAUUGCGUAAAACAGUAGCGGGUCGUCGCCGCACAGAGAAUGAGGAGGAUGUCACGUACGACUGCUACCGCAAGAAGCUCUCCUGA